UCAUGGUUGCCAUAUGAAAACCAAGGAUUGUCAUACACGUCAAUGGCUAAAUAAUUCCCAAUAACUGAAGAUCUGUACUGACUGAAGUACAGGAUUAACACUGCGCAUUACCAUAAUGUCUUUCUUUUUCAAUAUAUGCAUUUAUACUUGUCUAACGGUGGCGUUAAACGUGUAUGGAGGAAAUAUUGACCCUUUUAUGGACAGCCAGUUGUUUAUGAUAAACUGGGCAGGCCCCCUCGAAAUAAUUAAGGAUGUAGAUGAAAACCAGAUGGUAAUGACAACAACUAAUAAUGAAAAAUACAAGUGUAUUUUGCCAGAAACUAUGGAAACCAAAGAGGAAGCCAGAAAAAGAUACCAUGGACCAACAGCAUUUGAGCUAAUGAAAACACUGUUUACACAGACUACCUGCUCUUACAGGGUGGAAAGUUAUUGGACCUAUGAACUGUGUCAUGGGAAACAUUUAAGACAGUAUCAUGAAACCAAAGACCAAGGUCAGAAACCAAAGCUUCAAGAAUAUUUCCUAGGACUUGUUAGUUUAGAAUCAUUAGAAAAAGCAAAUGCUGAAGAGUCAAGUGAUGGCAAAAAUAAAUACGAGAGUGAGGUAAAAGUUCGUAAAAUUGAUGGCAUCUCACUGCCGUACUAUGAGGUGAACAUGACCAGCGGCACGCCGUGUGACUUGACGAAAGAGCCACGCAAGGCUCGCAUCCUGUACGUGUGUCAGCCUGAGGGUCACGGCGAGAUCUACCAGCUCAAGGAGAUGUCCACGUGCGAGUAUGAGGUCAUCAUACUCACGGCCGUACUCUGUGCUCACCCAGACUUCAGACCGAAGAAUCCCCCGGUGAGUCAGAUUCAGUGUCACGCUCUGGACGGAUCACCACCUAAACCGAGACAGCUGCACACAUUCAUUCAAGAGGAAACUCUGGCUGAUCAAAUAGAAACACAGGGAAUAGAGUUUAAAGUGGAGACAACUCUCCCAGAUGGGGUAAAGAAGACCAUUGUAAUUCCGAAAAAACCCGAUCCUGUACCGACACUAGGAACGACCACUGACAAACAACUCAUUAGAGAGUUUUUAACUGGAGACUACUGCCUUAAUGGGGGAAGAGGGUGGUGGAAAUUUGAAUUUUGUUACGGAAAAUAUGCAAGGCAGUAUCACGAUGAUAAAGAUGGACGAACUAUACUUUAUCUUGGAUACUGGAAUGAAGACAACCACAAGCACUGGUUACAAGCAAAUUACCACAAAAGACCAAAAGAUAUCGGGAAAAGAAAACAUAUUUCUCUUCAUUAUGGAGGUGGGGAUGUGUGUGAUGAAACUGGUACUGCUAGAGUUACUGAAGUAAAGUUGAAAUGUGUUGAAAACCCUGAACACCCACAUGCAGUGGCACUGUUUCUGAUGGAACCAACAAUAUGUGAAUACAUUUUAGUGAUUGAAUCUCCAAUUUUCUGUGGUCUAUUGGACAAGGCUAACGAAGAUGGAAUUUUUCAGAAAGUUGAAAUAUGAAACAACGAACAGAUUAGGGUUAUUCAUAAUGCACUUCCAGCCAAGUUCAGAAAUCCCAUGUUUGACACAAUACAAUGCAGUAAUGACAUGUGUAAAA